UGCUUACUUACUUUACAAUUACUCUUCAUUAAAUAAUUGAACGUUUAAUCCGUGCUCAUUUGUUUUAAUAUCACUUGACGAUUUCCUCCACUUGCGGCGUGACAUUAUGGUAUUCAAAGUCAUUCACAUUUACCGAUGUCUAAGCGUGCCCUGACCAAAAGGUGGAGGAAGGAGGGAGGCCAGAAGGUGAUACGUUGAAAUGUCUUCCAAGGAAAUGGAUUACUCUUUGUGAUGACCUCUUGUCCCCUCAAUUUUCCUGUUUAGUCUAGCUAUUCGAUUAAGUUAAUUCCACUCGUUGACUUUUCAAAGAGUUGGUCGUACAUAUACGUUAUGUGACAUUUAAUUUUUAAAUUCGUUUCCAGAGCUCUUAAUUUUGAUCAUAGUGUGUUGCUUAAAACGACGCUCACAUUACACUGUUGUUGCAACCUGGUUACGAGGGGGGUGGUAAUUAUCUAGAUCAACCCGCGAGUACUGGUUUCUGCGGGAUUAUUUUCGAUAAUUUUUAAAAUGGUUCUAAAAUAGUUUAUUCGCAGAUACUAAUUUUUUGCAAUCUCAUUAAUAAGUUUUGGAAAUAAAGUUAAUAUAAAAUGUACUUAUAUGAUGAGUAAAAAAAAUGUACAAAACGAUUUAUACCUACGGGAAUGUCAAGCAUUUUUUAAUACAAACCAGCUUUUGUAUAUUCUUAAGGCACAGUUAAUAAAAAGUUUCCUGAUCUUCAAACUACAAUGUUGAGAGGGAGACAGUUUUUAAAAUAAACUGGCUGUUCUUAUAACGGAUGGCUUAAAACAUAUGUAUUGAUCUUACCAUUGUUAGCCUGAAAUCUACAACAAGGAAAGUAAGCAACAAGAAACGGCUGACGUCAAAUAUUUUUGUUAAUUAACCGGGAAAAGUAAAUCGUUGGAGGAUUUUAUUAAUUUAAUUUUCAUUCAAAAAAAUAAUUUGUUUGUUGUAUUCGCUUAUACAUACUUUAUAUUUUUACGAUUCCUUAACUUAAAAUAAGAAAUUUCCGUCGACAGGAGACUGGGAUUAGUUUUUAAAACCUACACUCUCCUACGUUUGCAUCUUUUCCCAUCAUAAUUGCUUGCACGGGCGAAAUAAAAUUAAGCCUGUGGUGGAGGAGGUAUAUUGCUAAUUAAACGGAAAAGCGGAAAGUUCAUUUCAAACAUAUCCAUGCAUAUGUUGACACUUCAUCAUUCUAUUGCAUUAACGGUAUUUAUGUGUGCUGAUGCAAAAGUGGAUAGCAAAAUAACGAAAGAUGGGAUUAAGAAUGUGGAAACGUUUCAUCUUACAUUUUACAGAGACUUCUCGAAACAACGACACAACAAUAACGACGACGAAGCAUAGCUUUCAGAUUUACGAGAUGAGAGGAGUCGAAAAAAAGUAUUUAAGUUGCAAUAACUUAAUGGCGGUAAACAACACACAAAACUCACUUAAAAACAAUCAGAAUACGUCUGUUAAAAAUACACCUACGAUGAAGAGGGCGCUAUCAAUUCGCAGACCAAAGUCCUUGCAGAGACUACAUGAGGAUUUGAAGCCAUUACUUGACGGAGCAAGUUCGCUCUCCAGCAUUGGUAGUUUUAAUGAAUUAACGGAGGAAAGCUUGAUCGAAAGCUCCUACUCAGAUGAUAGUCGCACCCAUGAAGUGAACAGUGUAGUUCUCAGACCUGGAGGAAAAUUACGCAGUCUGAAACACCGACCGAGGUCAUCCGCUUUGACCGAUAGAAACUUAAUAUCUAUUCCUGAAAAUAUACUUGCGAAUAAUUUAAGAAAACGACAUGCAAUGUACAUCAAAUCUUUGAACAAUUUACACCAGACUGAGACGACGGGUCUUGAAAAUCUUACGUUGAUGGAUAUUGAUAUUGGUGAAAACACAGACUUUUGCUCUCAGUCACUAGAUCGUAAGCGUCAAAAUAGAAUUAAUAAUCCCAACAACAAUAAAAACAGUACCGAUGAGGCGAACAAUAAUAUGUCUUCUAAAAGUAUUUCUCUACAAAAUAUAGCUAUACCACGAAGAAGAUCAAAACCUAAAGUGAUAUCAGAAGGGGUCUCUGCAGCAAGUGUCAGCGAACAAUCGUUUUCUAAGGAACAGAAACGAAGGUUAAAGAAAAAAAUGAAAGACACGCAAAAAUCUCCACAAAAUUCUGUUUUCUUAGGUUUAAUUUAGAUCACGUGUUUAUUUAUUUAUUACAUUUUUUUUCACUGCCA